AUGAGAGUCAUCGAGAAGACCCCCCUCGCCCAGCUGAAGAUGCAGCAGACGUGGAAAUCAUUGACCUUUGCUGCGUUGGAUGCUAGUGACAUUGAGCGCUAUCGCUUGAUCUCAUCCGAUCGGGUGAUCGUCGAGAAUUAUUUUGGGCGGGUGUGUGCGUUGUGGAAGGCCACGUACGCGUCGGUCACGUGGUCGGCGAAGAACUAUUGUGCUAUUCAACGCACGACGUUUGCCCUGAUGAACUUUCACCUGUCGUUGAUGCCCCUACGUCUUGAAGACGAAACCUUUUAUGGAAUGGUCUUGGCGCGUUACGAAAGGAUGGCAAAUGAAAAGAAGCGUAAGCGUGCUGAGACGCAGCGCCGCUAUCAUUUGAAUCGACAAGAGAGAGCUGCAUUGGACUUGGGUCGAGCUACCCGCAGUCGUUUGUACUAA